UUAUCUUGUUUCUGUUAUUCUUUCAUGGUACGGAUCGUGUACACCGAACAAGCAAUAAUCGUCGCUCGCAUUCGACGCAGUGCAUCAGUCGGGAUUUCGAGAUACUGAAAGCGGAACGCAAAUCACAAGUCGCAGAGACAGACCGAAAGACUGAUAGUCGGGACCGCGUGUUAUACACGAGAACGCUUUUUUUCCGAAGCGUAACGAGUAAAGAAGCGAUAGAGGUAGAGCGAGAGGGAGAGCGAGAGAGUGUGAGAGAGUGUGAGUGUGAGAGAGAGAGAGGGCGAGAGAGAGAGAGAGAGCGUGAGUGUGUGAGGAGAGCGAAGCGACAGCGCGGCAUUGCACCGUAGAGGAAAACGGUGCUCCGACGCGGUCACUGGCGCUGCGAGAAGUCGGCGAAAUCAUUGACAUUGGGGAACGGCCAUUUUGGCGUGUUGUUUCUCACCGAUCGAGUGCUCGAGGCGUGCAUACAUACACACGGAAUCGACGUCCAUUCGUUUUCAAGGAAAAGAUAGUAGACAUACUACAAUAUUUCCAAAAUGAUGACCGAAACGCAUAUGAACUCUAAUCAUAUGUUAAACUCUGGUUUAUCUAACAAAUCAGAGAUAGAUAAAAUGGAUGAUGUAGGUUGGAAAGCGAAAUUAAAGAUUCCACCAAAGGAUAAAAGAAUUAAAACAAGUGAUGUUACCGACACACGUGGUAACGAAUUUGAAGAAUUUUGCCUAAAACGUGAAUUAUUGAUGGGAAUUUUUGAAAAGGGAUGGGAGAAGCCAUCACCGAUCCAAGAAGCUAGUAUUCCCAUUGCACUUUCUGGUAAGGACAUCUUGGCACGUGCGAAAAAUGGAACUGGUAAAACUGGAGCAUAUUCAAUUCCAGUGCUGGAACAGGUUGACCCAAGGAAAGACGUAAUCCAAGCACUGGUAAUUGUGCCUACAAGAGAAUUAGCACUACAAACAUCACAGAUUUGUAUUGAGCUCGCAAAACACAUGGAUAUAAAAGUUAUGGUUACUACUGGAGGAACCAACUUACGAGACGACAUUAUGAGGAUUUAUCAAAAAGUGCAAGUGAUAAUCGCAACGCCAGGAAGGAUCCUUGAUCUAAUGGAAAAGAAUGUAGCAAAUAUGGAACAUUGUAAAAUUCUAGUUUUGGACGAAGCAGACAAACUGCUGUCACAAGACUUUAAAGGAAUGUUGGAUCAUGUAAUAUCGAGAUUACCACACGAACGUCAGAUUCUGCUGUAUUCAGCAACGUUUCCUUUAACUGUGAAACAAUUUAUGGAAAAACACUUAAGAGAUCCAUAUGAGAUUAAUUUAAUGGAAGAGUUGACUUUAAAAGGCGUAACACAAUACUACGCUUUUGUACAGGAACGACAAAAAGUUCACUGCCUUAACACGCUAUUCUCCAAGCUGCAAAUAACGCAAAGCAUAAUCUUCUGUAAUUCAACGCAACGUGUCGAAUUGUUGGCUAAGAAAAUAACAGAUCUUGGAUAUUGCUGUUAUUAUAUACACGCGAAAAUGGCGCAGGCACACCGAAAUCGCGUAUUCCAUGAUUUCCGUGCAGGAUUAUGCCGAAAUCUCGUGAGCAGUGAUCUAUUUACUCGUGGUAUUGAUGUUCAAGCUGUGAACGUCGUAAUCAACUUUGACUUUCCGAAGAUGGCAGAGACAUAUCUGCAUCGAAUCGGCCGAUCUGGAAGAUUUGGCCACUUAGGUAUAGCAAUUAACCUAAUCACGUAUGAAGAUCGCUUCAAUCUACAUCGUAUCGAACAAGAGCUUGGAACAGAAAUUAAACCUAUCCCAAAGGUGAUAGACCCCAGUUUGUAUGUGGCGAGACCAGAAGACAAUAAUAGUAUGGAAGAGGGUAAUGUGUCCAAGUAGUUUCGAUGCACUGUGGUAAAACGAAGCUUUACACACGCUCAAAGAGUUUAAAGUGUGUGAAAGUGUGUCAAAAAGUGAGUUCACUUGUAAAUAAAGCGUACUAUGUAUGAGUAAUAAUGAGCUGAGUGAUUGAAGUGUCGCGUAAAUGUCGAUGCGAAUCUUUGUACAUAAAUACAUUUAAAUGUACAUAAGCUAAAACAAAUCAGAGUCAAGCCAUUAUCAAGAUGCACAAUAUGUAAACAGAUAUGUGAAUAACAUAAUAAUCAAUCAUUGCAUUUUAUCAUAACUGUAAAUAUUACAUGCGAGGACAUACAAUAUCGUUUUAAUAGAGGAUUUUUAUACAACGGCUUCAUUCUUCCAGUAUUUUUUUUCUUCUGUUGUUCUUUAACGAUGAAGAAAAAGGGCAUAUGAUUUAGAAAAUCUAUCGGGCCAAUCUCACCGAGUACAACAUAACGAUUCACGUGCUCAUUACUUUUGUACUGUCAUGCAUAUAUAUAUAAAUUGUCCUUGACAUCAAUAAGGUCGUGUAUAUAUAUAAAUAUAUAUAAAUAAAUUGCCCUUAGCGAUUUAUAAAAUUUGGAUAUAUUAAAUAUCAGUUGUAAUAUUUGAUCAUGGCUUGAUUUUGCUAUUUGUCAAGAUUGUAAUACAACUCUGAAAUUCAAAUCACUUGUCAACACUUAAACUGUCUCUUUUCUGUUUAUUCAACAGCUAGUGAAAUUUUCUUUUUCUUUUUUUUUUUAAAUGCAAUUUGAUUUUCUUUUUACCAUGUCGUGAUUGAGAAUCAGAGGUUGUACAAUUGACUAGUUUUAUAUAAUUAUUUUUUAUAAAGAACUGGCUGGUGGACUCUCCACAACAAUAAUAGAGAUUCUAUGGCUGAUGCUGAUAAUAAUAUAUGUCCAAUCACAGCCUAUAUUUAAUUAUACAACAGUUUAUCGGGGGCUAAAAUUGAAUUUAACAAAAAUUGUGAAGGUUGCUAAAAUUAAUGGAAAUGCGCGAAAGACGGAAUACAUGAAUCGCAAGUGAAUGCACAUGAAGACGCAACUCACACUGGAAUGUGAAUGUAAGGUGAAGCAUUAUGAAUGAAUACUCUAUCUGUCGUGAAAGAUAAAAUAACUGCCAAAGUUAUUGUAUUGAUAUCGACAUAGAAUCUCUAGAGAUCUCCAUAAAAAUAUGGAUAAGCACGAAGAAGAGUAAAAGAGGUGCAGGAAAUUAAUGUUUCGUAUGCAUGACUAUACUUAAAAUUUAAGAAUUCGAAAGCCACCAGCCAAUAUGACUUAGGUUUUUGGAUGUGAAAAGUAUGGAACAAUCUGCGCUACUAAAAUAUUUCAUAUUUGAGAGGAAAGAAUCCUCUUUGAAUGGAAUAUUGGUGAUACAGAAGCAGGUUUAAAAUGUAUUUAGGGCUGUAAUAUCAGAAACUGUGAGCUUAUCACGGGAAAAACUGUAGAUAAUAGAUAAACAGUAAUGAGUUAACUGCUGACACAAAAAAAAGAAAAUGAAAUUGCUAACAAUUGGACAUUUAAACUGAUUUGUAUAGAAUAGUGAUCUGGACGAAUGGUUGUUCAUGCUCGCUGCCUUCAACCUUCGACCAAUAUACGUAAUUUUUGUUUAUAGCGACACCAAGUAUAUGGCUUAAGUUUGACGCAAGUUCAAAAUACAUUUUCGAGUUCAGAUAUAUUCCGCGAGUCUCCAUUUUCGUAGAGUACAAUCGUAGCUCUGCUAGUUAAAUGUCAAGAAAUAGAUUCGCAUUUUUGUGAAAUCUAAUGUAAAUGAAUAUAUGCGUUAUCAUACUCACGAAUUAGCUUAUCAUGUGCUUUGCACAUUGUCUUGUGGUCUUGCAAGAUAAUUUAUUUCGCAUAUACGACUCUACGAUUCUGGAAAAUUUAUACAUUCUUGAUCGCAAAUGCCAUAAAUCUAACUCGUCAAUGUAAUAUGAAAAAAGAAGUCUUUAGGUAAACAUCAUUGCGCGAUUAUCGCUUUUGUUUACCACGGAUUUAUAAGUUGCAAAACAAUCGUUUAUCGAGGAUUUAUUGCAAAGCGAGUUUUUAGUUGCAAAAUGAUCGCAACCGGGUAAUAAGUUGCAAAAUAAUGGCAAUUGGACGAUGAGUUGCAAAAUAAUCGCAAUCGGGUAAAAUUGCUAAAUCACAACUGAAUUAUAAGUUGCAAAGUGAUCGCAUUUGCGACUUAUUACCCGAUUUGCAGACAUGUAUACGUGCAUUCGUGAUCUAUGCGCGAUUGAAUGAAAAAGGGGUAAAUUAAUGUAAUAUAAUGAAUCACGCAAAGAUUAUUGCGUGAAACGGAAAGCAGUACUAUAAUUGAAAUACGUCAAAAUAUGAUGUACCAAACCGCGUCUAUUUUAUUUUAAAUUUCUAUUUGCUUCCUCGAUUGUCUUUGAUUCGGCAAAAUUUUUCUAACAACGUAUUUAGCUACCGUUAUAACUAUAGGGGCAGAUAAAUAUCGAAUAAGAAGUCAGUAUUGAUAUUGCAACAACUUUGUUAUCGGUAAUGUCCAUUAACGAUUACAAUCGGAUAAUCUACUCACAACACUGUCUUCUACUUAAUGGAGAUAACGAAAACAAAAAUAAUCUGCCAGAUAAUAAUGGUGCCGUUGACCACAUAUAAUAUGAACAACCAGAGCAGACCGGAAGACCAGCAAUUAUAUCUGCUACGAUUUAAUAAUUUAUUAAGUUCUUUUUUGUGUCACUGUUGCAAAGAUACUGUAAUGAAUUAAAUUAACGUGCGAUCUUGUUGAUCAAAUGAUCUGUCGCCCACUGCAUAUUAAUUUGAUCAAUCGGAAUCUCAUCUGAUUGCGUCAUAGUCUAAUAUUACGGUCCCUCUUCAUUUUUAUUAUCUACUUAAUAUAUAAACAAAACGUAAAUGGGUUCAAUGUAAUAACAGUCGUUUCGCCAAACAAUUUAAUCUGCGAAAUGUUCCCAUUUACAAACUACAAAAAUUUGCUCUUAUUCUAUUAGCUUCUAUUGUUUUGCUUAUAUGGCGAUUCUUUGAAAAUUUUUUUGGCAAUAUUACGUAGACUAAGAAGAAAAUACUUAGUCUUACUGUGCUGUAAUUGGAAACAUCGAUAGAUCCAUUGUAUGGAGUCUAUUUUGCGAAAUGUAUUUUAUUCAACUUUUGAAAGAGUCAAUUAGCUCGUACUAAUACACAAGCAUAAAGAAUCUUUCAUUUUUUUAAAUAAGAAUUUUACAAACUAUUCUAUAUUAUAAUCAAAAUUAUUUCCUAAUACUUCUUAAUGAUUUCAUAAUGAUCGAUGCACGAUGUUUGUAUAUUUCAAAGACUUGUAAACAAAAAAUCCAUUUAUUGAUAUUAAAAUUCUAUAAAAUUGCGUGCUGUACUUGACUCUUUCUAAAGAAUGAUGUUUAUGCGAGGUAUAUAAACUUAGAAAAAAGUGGGCUUAAAAAAUCCAAAAAAAAAAAAGAACAUUGAUUAGCAAUGUUAUAUGAACAGACUGAAGAACGUGGUAAUUUUAUAAUCUAUUCUCUCUUGCAGCCGUACUUUAUACAUAUAUUAUCGUUCUUAUAUUCCAAAUUACAGACGAGUAUCCUUUUUGCGAAAAAAAAUGCUGGAAAAUAAGUUGAUGCCUGUUUCGCAGCUGCAAGUUGCCAAAGUAAAUAUUUUUUACUUUGGUAUUUUUUACCACGUCUUCAUGUUUGAUUCAUGAAAUAUAUCCAAGUGCGGUUUGCAACCAAUCUUGAAUAUAACAAGGAGUGCCCUUGAUAUGAAAGUAAGCGAAUGUAAUUCGUACGACGUAUAGAAAUACGAUUUCGGAAGUAAAUGUGUUAACAUCCGGGUAACGUGCGAGAAUUGUGUAGGACUCUCCAAUUCCAUCCGGGGGAGGGUAAAUUCUACUUCUCAAUGUCUACGAUUUAAAUCGUAAGUGUGAAGGGGAACAUCUUGAGAACGAGCUCUCUAACAGCAUCUCGUAGAUCUCGUACCUUCGCCUGAAUUAUUUCCAUUGGUUAACCCAAUGUGGCGAGCUGUGUGCAAGCACAUUCCCAACAAACGAACCGAGAAUCGAUCGCAUCGAAAGUUUAACAUCUAAAUGAACAAUCCGCGUUCGAAUAACAUACGCAGCUCGAUUAAUAAUAUUGGAAUUAGAUCUCCAAUAUACGUGAAAUAUAAAAAAAAAAAAAAAGUAUAAUUCGUUUGAAAUGUAAAACAGUAUCAGUUUAUCAACUAUCCAUGCUUACCGUUUUGUUAAAGAACUUAUUAUUAUAUACACUUGUUUAUCAAAUUGCGGAAUCAAUCAUCCAAAUGGCAUACCUGAUGAACGGCUACUAUAAUGAUUAAUGUGAUACUAUUUUGUUAUUAUUAAUAUUAUUGCUACUAUUAUUAACGAGAUAUGAACCAAGAUUUUUCGACAAUGUGUAACGGACAUCGAUUUAUUUUGUGACGUUGAAAUCUGAGUUUCGGUUAUUCGUAAAUUAUACAAGCAGCAUAAGAUUGCGAAAUUUUUCUUACAUAUCUUUGCUGUGUUUAAAUUUUAUAAUUGAUACAAUUAGGAUUACAUAAUUAAUGAAACAGGAAAGUGCGUCCCUAAAGAAUAUGAUAAAAUGAUUUCGCGAUAUUAUGCAACUUGCAUAUCAUUUACAAAUAACUCGCGACUCGUGCGUAAUUGUGCGCAGAUGAAAUACUUUUCCUGUAUUUCUGAUUUUUAUGUGCAUUUGUCAAGACAAUUAUUCUCGUUAGGUGUUACCGUUUUUUUGAAAGCAAUCCGUAAAUGGUAUAAAACAAAAUUAUUCAAAAAAUUUUCUUGUUCUACGUAACGUUAUCAUUUUUCUUUCUCCAAAUUGUAAAGAUGGGUUUGCGCGUGACUAUAAAACAUUUUUUUUUUAUUUGUCUUCGCGAUUUUGUUAGCACAAACCCAUUCUAUAAUGAGUCGUAUGUCAAUUUUGUUUCCUUGAAAGGACAGAACUGUCUCUUAAUAAAAAUUCUGUUUCAGUACACACGA